AUGAUCUGGUCACGAGGCCUGCCCAAAUUGAAGGAGUCCUGUUCCCAUGAGUCUUUGCUGAGUCCAGGCAGUGCUGUUGAAGCUCUGGAUCUGAGUAUGGAGGAGGACGUCUACAUCAAACCUUUACACAGCAGCAUUCUAGGACAAGACUUCUGCUUUGAGGUGGCAUACUCAGGUGGAAGUAAGUGCUUCAGCUGCUCCUCUGCUGCUGAACGGGACAAAUGGAUGGAGAACCUCAAGAGAACUGUGCAGCCUAAUAAGGACAACUGCAGACGAGCGGAAAACGUCCUCCGUUUGUGGAUCAUCGAGGCCAAAGAUCUGCCACCGAAAAAGAAGUAUUUCUGUGAGCUGUGUCUGGAUGACGUGCUGUACGGCCGCACCACCAGCAAAACCCGCUCUGACUGCCUGUUCUGGGGCGAACACUUUGAGUUCUCCGGCGUUCCGUCCAUUAAGAGCAUCACUGUACACAUCUAUCGUGAUGUGGACAAGAAAAAGAAAAAGGACAAAAACAACUAUGUGGGCCUGGUGAACAUACCGGUGCAGGGAGUAAUGGGAAGGCAGUUUGUGGAGAAAUGGUAUCCGGUCAGCACCCCCACCACCAGCAAAACCAAAGGUGGAGGCCCCUCCAUCCGCAUCAAAUCUCGCUUCCAGACUGUCUCCAUCCUGCCCAUGGAGCAGUACAAGGAGUUUGCGGAGUUUGUGACCAAUAACUAUACUAUGUUGUGCUCUGUGUUGGAGCCUGUCAUCAGCGUGAAGAACAAAGAGGAGAUGGCCAGUGCGCUCGUGCACAUACUGCAGAGCACGGGACGGGCAAAGGACUUCCUAACGGAUCUGGUGAUGUCAGAGGUGGAUCGCUGUGCUGAUCAUGACGUGCUGAUCUUUAGGGAAAACACGCUAGCCACCAAAGCCAUUGAAGAAUACCUCAAAUUGGUGGGACAGAAGUACCUACAUGAUGCACUAGGAGAGUUUAUUAAAGCCCUUUAUGAGUCAGAUGAAAAUUGUGAAGUAGACCCAUCGAAGUGCUCCAGCAAUGAGCUUCCAGAUCACCAAAGUAACCUGAAGAUGUGCUGUGAGCUGGCCUUCUGCAAGAUCAUCAACUCUUACUGUGUUUUUCCACGGGAACUGAAGGAGGUGUUUGCAUCAUGGAAGCAGCAGUGUCAUGCUCGAGGGAAGCAGGACAUCAGUCAGCGUCUGAUUAGCGCAUCGCUCUUCCUGCGUUUCCUGUGCCCUGCCAUCAUGUCCCCUUCGCUCUUCAGUCUCAUGCAGGAAUACCCAGACGACCGUACCUCUCGAACACUCACCCUCAUUGCCAAAGUCAUCCAGAAUCUCGCUAACUUUGCCAAAUUUGGAAAUAAAGAGGAGUACAUGGCCUUCAUGAAUGACUUCCUGGAGCACGAGUGGGCUGGUAUGACCCGUUUUCUGCUCGAAAUCUCGAAUCUUGAGACUAUCUCAAACACCCCGGGCUUUGAGGGCUACAUUGACCUGGGCCGUGAGCUGUCGGUGCUACACUCACUACUGUGGGAGGUGGUGUCUCAGCUGGACAAGGCGACGGUGGCCAAACUGGGGCCCCUGCCGCGUAUACUUGGCGAUAUCACCCGCUCCCUGUCCAGCCCCACCCCCAUCCAGCAGCAGCUCAGGCGCUUCCAGGACCACAGCUCCGCUCAUGACAUCAGUGGGAGUGUGUCCUCAGGACUGCAGAGAAUAUUUGAAGACCCAGCAGACAGUGAAAUGAGGAGCAUCAAAUCUCCUGUCCAGGAGCACAUGGAGGCAUUAGUCCGAGGCAAGCAUCCUUUAUUGGGUCAGCAGUCCUCCACUCACAGCAUGAGCUUCUCUGACAAAGAGGAGCGAGACAGUCCCCUACCGAAUGGACGCAGUAUAUCUCUAAUGGACCUGCAGGACUCUUACCUGGCACAAGGGCAUCCGGGUCCUAACUCUCUCAACGAAGCCCCACCUAGAUUAGGCCGAGUGGGCUCUCAGGCCUCCAUUGGCUCUGUCCCACCUCCACACCUCCACCAGCCCCCUGUCCAUCCAAAAGUUCCCCAACUAAGAGACAACUUGCCGCAAAGUGCCCCACAAGUGCGGCGCCCUAUACACCCCUCCCUCAGCCAGCAGCGUAGCCUGCAACCGCUGUCUUUCCAAAACCCUGUUUACCACCUCAGUAACCUGCACGCACAAUCCACACACUCAACCCAGUCCACGCACUCCGCCCAGUCCCUGCAGCCAGACUCCAGCUUGGAGAACCUGAGCACAGGCAGCUCUCGGAGCGCCAGUCCCAGUGCGUCAGGGGGCCGGGGAGCUACUCCCAGAGCACAGAUGCCCUCCACCAGCAGCGUGGAGGAAGAACUCACCCGCAAAAGCAUCCAGGGACAAGAAACACCUCCUCCCACAGCAUGCUGGCACCCUCCCCUGGCAGACCAGCACUCGGGAGCCCAGGUUGUGGCGGUACCGAGGCAGAGCAGCGCAGGUACGGCACAUAUCGUGAAGGUGGAGCAACAGAGUCGAGGAGUGGGGCUGGUGGCAGGAAACACAGCGGCGCGAACUCCAAGAUCGCUUCCUCACAGCACUUCCCUGCGUAGCAGCAGCAGCAUCAACACUGAACCCAUGCAGCAGAGCGGUGAGAGAUCCAGACAGCAGUCCUCGUGCUCCAGAGACAGUUCGGUUCCAGGAGGACGAGGCACCAAACAGGUACAGUCACCUGUAGAGUCAGUCACCCUGUCCCCAGUGGAGCGAACGGCAGCAUGGGUCCUGAAUAACGGCCAGUAUGAAGAUGAGGAAGAGGAAGGACAGAGCAAAGAUGAUGCCAAACAUGUAGAGAAGUACGAACAGGAAAUCUCAAAACUGAAGGAGCGUCUGCGGGCGUCUAGUCGGCGACUGGAGGAAUAUGAGAGGAGGCUGCUGGCACAGGAACAGCAGAUGCAGAAGCUGCUUUUGGAAUACAAGACUCGAUUGGAGGACAGUGAGGACCGUCUGCGCAGACAACAAGAGGAGAAAGACAGCCAGAUGAAAAGUAUUAUCUGCCGGCUGAUGGCCGUGGAGGAAGAACUGAAGAGAGACCAUGCAGAGAUGCAAGCGGUCAUAGACACCAAGCAGAAGAUAAUCGAUGCACAGGAGAAGAGGAUCAGCUCCCUGGAUGCAGCUAACUCUCGGCUGAUGAGUGCCCUCACUCAGGUCAAAGAGCGAUACAGCAUGCACAACCUCCGCAACGGCCUGUCGCCCACCAACCCCACCAAGCUCUCCAUCACUGAGAACGGAGAGUUCAAGAACAGCAGCUGCUGAUUGGUGCUCAUGGACUUGAUGAGCCGUGCCAAUUGGUGCUCCCAGACAGAUCACCAGCACCGAUUGGUCGAGUUCAACACGGACUGAGUACCUAGACUACAUGCCUAAACUGACUGACUACUGUAUACAUGCGAUUGCAAGGAAUGUCUGGUUAUUAAUGUAUAUAAACGUUAUCUAAUAUUGGUUCUGUAUAGAAAUGCUACUGCAGAGGAGUGUUUUGAGAUUGCGUGGGAGAGUAAAGCGUAGCUUCGGUUCUGAGUCAGUGAGUUUGUUUUUUUUUAAUACUGAUUUACGCAUAAAUGCAGUUUUAAGAUUGCAAACAGAUUUUUAAUUAUUGCCUAAGAUAUAUGAAGGAGAUGUACAUAUCUUAAAAUGGAAUUGUUUUAAAAGAAAAUAUGAAGAAAAGCACAUAGGUAUCGGCCGUAGUUGUAAAUGUCCCCAAGUUGCAGAAUCUGACAGGCAGAAAUAGAUGAAAGGCAAUUUUAUGCACUCAGUUUUCUAACACAAGUUUUCUAUUGUUUUGUUUUAUAUUAUUAUUAUUUUGUUACCAUUUUGCAAAAGGUGUUAUGACUGAUUUUAGUUGACUAAAAGGACACAAUUAAGCCAGCCACAGUUCAAUUACAACAAAUCUAGAACAUAUUCAAUAAGAAAUUGAAAUACGUAUUCAUUAAUUUUACUAAAAAAUAUGACUGAAGCAGUGGGUUUAAUGAAUUAAAAUAUUGAACUGAAUUUUCAUUUUGACAGAUAUGUAGGCUAUUUUACUGGCACACAACCCAACUUAACAUUUUUUGCCCUAUAUGUGUUUUAUGUAUCUGACCAGAGUGCUGUGAAACCACCAAUCUACAGUCUCACUGCCCUCUUGUUCUAGACAGUCUCACUGCCCUCUUUCUGAUCCUGUUUAUUGUUUGUCUGCUACUUUUAUUGAAAGUCAUUGUUUUUCCACUGUGUUCUCACUCUGUCCAUAUGAGCAUCAAUGCCUUUAACCUUUUGUGGCACAGAACUCCUCAAUGUUUGCUGUUCUCGUAGCGAUAUAUUUGAUGGUCAGUCUCAGAGUUGAAAGCUGAGCAUUGAAUAAAGAUGGAUUGUG